GCAAGAGUUAGAAAAAAUGUUUCAAGUAAAAGUAAAAAAAGUUCGCACUAUCCGUCAAAAGCCAGUUCUGCGACAAACUCGCUACUUGCAAAAAUCACCUACUAGAAUUUUUACUAAAUUAAAAAAAAAGGCUUUGCCCAUAGCUAAUUCUAGUCGGAACACUACUCUCAUCAAUUACCGAGAAAAAUUAGUUCCUAAUCCACAAAAAAUUCCUCGUCAACUGCUUAAAAUAAUUAAGCCCCAAUCUGGACGUAAUAACCAAGGAAAAAUUACUACUCGACACCAAGGGGGAAAACACAAACGCUUUUACCGAAUUAUUGAUUUCAAACGUUAUGAAAAAGAUAAGGUAGAAGGGAAAGUUAAAAGUAUUGAAUAUGACCCUAAUCGUAAUUGCUUUAUUUCUUUUAUUAGUUAUCGCAAUGGAAGUAAUUCCUUUAUUAUCACUCCACAGGGAUUAAAAGUUGGAGAUAAAAUUAAUGAUGAAAAACAAAGUCCACUUCAAACUGGAAAUAAUUUGCCUUUGAGUGAUAUUCCAGCCGGAACUUUUAUUCACAACCUUGAAUCAAGACCUGGGGAGGGGGGCAAAGUAGUUCGGGGAGCUGGAACUAGUGCAAUAGUAAUGGGAAAAGAUGCCGAUAAUCGCUAUGUUCAGGUCAAAUUACCUUCUAAAGAGGUUAAAAAAUUUUUAGUUACUUGUCGAGCCACUAUCGGUUCCGCCAUGAACCCUUGUGACCAUCCCCAUGGUGGUGGAGAACAGAAAACAGGAAUUGGACAUCCUUCGCCACUUAUAGUUAAUAAUGCAACUCUUAAAAAUCGACAACAGUCAAAACCAUUUGUCGAUGGAAAAUUAAAGGAAAAGAUUGAAAAUCGUCUGAAACAAAUUGCUGAAUUAGAAAAAAAAGGAGGUAAAGAAGAAGAAAUUUCUAAAAUUUUUUUUACUCCUAUUAAAGUUUGGUGUCGCGAUUCUACUAUUUUUCCAGAAAUGGUUGCCGAAAAAUUAAAAACAAAAUUAAACUCACCGGAAUAUAUUGCGGUGCCAAAAUUACCUACUGGUGAUGAUUAUUACGGCUCUUUAUGGGCAUUUGUUGGGAGAGAAAAAAGCAAAAGUUUUGUUGACAUUCACGACAAUGAUGAUUUUAUUAUGAACCGAGCCGAGCAAAGGAAAAAUGGGGGAUUUAUCUAUUAUCAUGACUUGGAGCCAA